AUGAAGCUGAAUACUUCAACCAGUCAAUUUCUGAUGCGGUACACCGGGAAAAACCCCCUUCCUCCUGUCGCUGCGCGAUACGUCGCCGCCCAUUCACAUCCGAUUCGGCCUAAGAUAGUGCACAUGUACGCCAACCGUGAUCCGAACACAUUAUGGUGGAGAGUAUCCGUGAAUCCACUUCAGUCGUCUUUCAAACGGGUGGUUCGCUCAUGGGGUGCCAGGAGAGCUCGUACAGCUUUCAUGCAGGCCCUGAAAGCGCGAGGGUUCGACCGCGAGGGCAGAAGGGUGGUGCAUAACACAACGGAGCCAGGGACAAAGGCAGAUGUGGAUUUCAACCUGAGAGGAUCUCUUGAGAUUUCCGUGCGUCCGCAGUGCAUCAAAGAGGGGUAUGCUGCUGUUCAACAGGAGAUUAAUUUCCUGCUUGACGAUUUAUUGCAGCAGUUGAAAAACAACCAAACGAAGCUCCAAGAGAAAAAGAAAGGCACGAUGUUUGAUCAAAAACGAUGA